GCAGAGAGUUAGAGGAUAAAUGAGAGAGCAGCGCUGGCUCAGCCACAACGCCUCACUGCCAGACGAAGGAAGGAGUCCAGGAAACACACACAUACACACACACAUAUGCACACAGCUCAGACCAGCUGUUUCCAGGAGCACCUCCUGCAGCCUGAGUUGGAUGUUUGGACUUGAUGCGUCUUUGCAUGGAUGCAUCUGGAUUUAUCUACUAACCUGUGGCAGUGUCUUAGACUUCAGAAGAGGGAACAUUUGUGGUUUUUUCUCUUUUUUUCUUUUUAAACAAACACUACAGACCGACUGCACAACCUGUAACACCAUGCUGUGCAGCUGCUCUUGUUAGAAUGACUGCUGUGAACAGUUUGGACUGUGUGUGAGAGCCGGCCAGAGUUUCUGUUAGUGUGUGUGUGUGUGCGGUGUGUGAAUGUGUAUGCAUCAGGAUGAGUGUUCCCAUGUUGAAAAUUGGAGCGGUGCUCAGCACCAUGGCUAUGGUAACUAACUGGAUGUCCCAGACCUUACCGUCGCUGGUUGGACUCAAUGGAACCAUCAUCUCCUCAGAGGGCACGCAUGAACGGAUCGUCAGCGGGCUGUACCCGGGCUCAGAGGAAGGCUGGCAGGUGUACAGCACGGCCUCGGAUCCCGACGGCAGGUGCAUGUGCACGGUGGUCGCCCCGGCACGGAACCUCUGUAAACGAGACCCUCGGAGUCGACAGCUACGCUCGCUGACCGAGCAGGUCCAGAACGUGAGUCAGUCCAUGGAGGUGGUUGACCUGCGGACAUCCAGAGACCUGCAAUAUGUUCGAGACUCUGAGCCACUGCUGAGAGGAGUGGAUGGACGGUUACACACUUAUGUGGCCAGUCCCCGCAGUCUGACAGCUAGGAGCCUGCAGGAGUUAAAGGGUCAGAUGUCUCAGCUACGGCCCCUGUUGUCAGUGGUGGAGCAGUAUCGACUGGAUCUACAGACGCUGGCCACCUUGCGGAUGGAGCUGCUUAACCUGUCAAUCGUCCUGACAGCCAUCCAGGAAGAGAUUGGAGCAUACGACUACGAGGAGCUUCAGCAGAGGGUCCUGUUGCUGGAGACCAGGCUGCACAGCUGCAUGAAUAAACUGGGAUGUGGUCGUCUGACUGCCGUUAGCAAUCCCAUCACUGUGAGGGCCUCGGGAUCCCGCUUUGGCUCUUGGAUGACUGAUGCCAUGAUUCCCAGCUCUGACAGCAGGGUGUGGUCGAUGGAUGGCUACUAUAAGGGCAGGCGUGUGUUAGAGUACAGGACCAUGGGGGACUUCACGAAAGGCCAAAACUUCGUGCAGCAUCUGUUACCCCACCCCUGGGCGGGAACCGGCCACGUGGUCUACAACGGGUCUCUCUAUUACAACAAGCACCAGAGCAACAUCCUGCCCACAGAAAUCAAAAAAAUAAAAGUCCUCUCUCAUGUACAAUCUACGACAAACACGCUGCUUUCAACAAAUUUCACCAUUUCUGCUGCUACUGAUUUACCUCAGUUUAUUCCCAACCGUGUGAGACGGCAUCAUUGCCAACCCUGUCCUCUCUGCCUCCAGGUGAGUCGCCUCGACCCUCAUUCGCUUGAAGUCCUCCACAGCUGGGACACGGGUUUUCCUAAGCGGAGUGCUGGGGAGGCUUUCAUGAUUUGUGGCACCUUGUACGUCACCAACUCCCAUCUGGCCGGCGCAAAGGUCCACUUUGCCUACCACACCAACACCUCCACGUACGAAUACACCGACAUUCCCUUCCACAACCAGUACUCCCACAUCAGCAUGAUGGACUACAACCCCAGAGAGAGAGCACUGUACACCUGGAACAACGGUCACCAGGUCCUCUAUAAUGUCACACUGUUUCACGUUAUCAGGAGCGAUGGAUAGAUUUACACCUAAAAGAUAUAAAUAAAAAUGAAAAAAACAAAGUAGAGAUGAAGGAGAAAGGUUUUUAAAGGACACUUCAAAACUUGCAAAAAUACACACGCAUGCACACACACACACGCACACAACAGCGACUCACAUCUCAACAAGGUAAUAAGUACUGUCUGUGUUUGAAUUUGAAUGACUUCUAGAUGAUGAGAGCUCGCUGAGCUAAUAACUAGACACAGUACAUGGUUGUCAAACACCAGUCUAAAGGUCACAGACAAGAGUGUUCAUCACCGCGACGAUGGACAUUAACUGCCUCUGCAGCAGGGACGCUGAUAGAAAAGAAGGAAGUCAGACAUUUUGAGCUCAUCCAUAUUCUAUUACGUUUCAUUCCACUCGUAUAUCAAGAAGUGACUUUGGAAGUCGAGGUCGCAUUGUUGGAAAAAAAAAAUUAUAUAUAUAUACACACAGCUCAUGAACUGAAUUUCACCUCGCUUCAAACCUCGAGCUAUGACGACGGCCCUGACUGAGAUAUUCCGGGUUUGUGAUGUGAUCGUGGACGUGUUCAGUCAGCAUGGUUGUUCAUUCAAUAAAGUUUACUGUCAAACUUU